AUGGUCGCUCAGUCAAUCUCAAUAGCCUUCAUCUCCUUCAUCGCAUCAGCCCUCGCGACAUCACCAGGCCUUCCCUUCGUCAUCAAUACAUGGGGAGGUGACUUUACCGCCGCAACAGAUGCCGCCUUCCUCGCUCUUCAGCGCGACAGCGCGUCAUCCCUCGACGCUGUCGAGAUCGGCUGCUUGACGUGUGAACGUAACCAAUGCGACGGAAGUGUAGGGUAUGGAGGUUCACCAGACGAAAACUGCGAAACAACGCUCGACGCAAUGAUCAUGGAUGGUACCACCAUGAACUCGGGAGCUGUCGCUGCUCUUCGUAGGGUUCGCGAUGCUAUUUCUGUUGCGAGGCAUGUUCUUGAGCACACGACGCAUUCUAUGCUGGCGGGGGAUCAGGCGACGGAAUUCGCCCUUCAGAAUGGCUUCAAGGCUGAGAAUCUCACGACUGCUGGAUCUGCGGAGAAGUGCCGGACUUGGAAGGAGGACAGUUGCCAGCCGAAUUAUCGAGCCAACGUGAGCCCAAACCCAUCAGCCUCUUGCGGUCCGUACGAACCUCAAUCGGGAGACACGAGUCCACACUCGAAGCAAGCCUCACACGAUACACUCUCCCUAAUUGCCAUCCACACGGACGGUUCAAUGGCAGCAGGAACAACCACCAACGGCGCAUCUCACAAGAUCCCCGGCCGUGUCGGUGACGGACCCAUUGUGGGUAGCGGUUCCUACGUCGACGGCGACGUCGGAGGAUGCGGCGCCACAGGAGACGGAGACGUCAUGAUGCGAUUCCUACCUUGUUACCAAGCCGUUGAGAACUUGCGACGAGGCAUGUCGCCUACAGAAGCUGCUGAAGAUGUCGUUCUGCGGAUGUUGCGCAAGUAUCCAGACAUUUCGAGUGGGAUUGUGGUGGUAGACAAGCAUGGUGAGCAUGGCGCUGCUGGCAGUGGGUGGACCUUUACGUACAGCUACAGAGGGGGAAGCAUGGAGAAGACAGAGGUCAUCACGGUGCCCCCUUUGAGGGUAUCAACACGGGGAGAACUAUGA